AUGUCCUCCCACGUUUUCAGUGUGACAGUUGCGGAGAUGGAUGGUGUUCUACGUAAAGAUUUCUCCAUCAUCCAAGUUGACGUGGAUGGCGACAAGAAAGUUGGAGGGAUGCUGCCUUCUGCUGAGCGAAAGCUCUUGGAGUAUCAUCAGGCCAAGGGCGCGGUCUACCCUCUGAUUCAGGUUCCCUCCUCGCCACAUGUCAACACCAAGGACGGAACGAGAUCAGAUCCGCUCUUCGAAGCAGCUUUCCCAGUUGCUCUAAUGGGGGCAAUCGUCAUCACGUGCUACGAAUCGAGUCAACUCAAACUUUACUGGAAUCAAUAUUUCAGACUCCUCAGCAUGUUUGGACUCCAUGUUGAAAAAGAUCCCAAAGUGGAGAAGGGGAAGACGAUCGAUGCUUUGAGCUGGCAUCCUUAUCUGAACAGGGUAACAUGUCUCAAGUUUCAGCCAUUUGCUGGAUGCACCCUCGCUGUUGGUUGCAGAGAGGGGAUUUGCAUGUGGAAGUUGGAACCAACAGUGGACCCCGUCAACGCUUUGCCCCAAGCAUCCAGUGUGAACGUGGCUGAAAGAAGCGCUGAUUCUGCGUGGAUGAGUUUCCUGAGGUUGUCGGGGUUCCGACUGGUCACUUCGAUCUCGUGGAGCCCGUGCGGAAGAUACCUCGCGGCAGGUUACGAGUCGCGAGACAAGGCGGUGGUGUGGGAUGCUGUUUCAGGCUUGAGCUCGCAGUUGGAGUCCUUCACUCCUCUCUCAGUCCUGGGGACAUACGGGGGAGGAGUACGAGAAGUCUGCUGGUCACCUGACGGGAAUCUGUUGCUAGUGGCGCUCAGGACCCAACUGUUUGCCCUCUACGAAACGCGCUCGUGGUCUUGGCAUCGUCACAGGACGAGCGGGUCGUUGGUGGCGGCAUGCUUCAGCCCCAACAGCCGAUACCUUCUUGUGGCAUCCAACAGCGACGGUGAGGGCAAGAUCGAAGUGUUCAACAAGGAACAAGGAAUGGUUCCCACAUCUAUUCUGUCCAUGUCUUGGAAUCGAAGUGGAGAAAGGCUGGCGAUUACCUUGGCAGGGACAAGAGACAACCCUGAGCAGAAGCAUCAUCUCGGUCUCUACCUGACUGAAUGCGAUGGGCGCUCGAACCACGUCCGUCUGGUUUUCCGCGGAUUCAUCAAGGGCCCGCCGGAGCUUCAACGCCAUGAGCCUUCGGACGAGCCAGGGAAACUGGAUGAUCCGCUGCCGACGCUGACUGAAUUUCGCCCAUCGUUUCGAAGCUCCAUGGAUCAUCAGAACCAGCCUCGAAGCGAAGGAGCCUUGCUUACUGUGGGAUGGAGCAACGGCAGGAUCUCAUCUUACCCGCUCUACUUCCCUUCGCUCAUCGGCCAUCUCAACGCUCCUAUUGAUCCUCCAUGA